GCUGACUGCCAUUGCAUGACUGCAACCGUUGUUUGUCUUGUUCGGAACAAGUGCCAAACGCCGCUUCUCCACAGUCGCCAAGGCCGUGUUUCUGGCAGCUACUACUUAGUAAGUUACUGCAACAUCGAAACCGAAAGUUCGCGGUGCACGCUCGCGGCCACACGACCACAUAUACACAGGCACAGGCACAGGCACACGCACACACACACACACACACACCUCCAGCAUGCUCUCACGGAGUGCCUUGUGCCCCGCGAGGGCCUUGGCAAGUCGCUUUCCGCCUGGCAUACUCGCGCCCUCGUCGUCGGGCGCAAUGGCUUCGUUUUCGACAUGCACACGACCGAGCCCGCUCGCUCAGCAGCAGCGCAAUCGCCCCGCCGCAGCCUCAUGCAACCGACUGGCCAGCAGGAUUCCAUGGCCGGUGCGGUGUGCGUCGACUGCGCCAGCGCAGCCCGCAGUCAACAAUUCGCCAGGCAGUGCGCAACCCCAACUGACGUGGGACGCUUUCUUCGCGCUGAGGCGAACGCGCCGGAGAAUUGGCCAGGCGUGCUCGGGCAUGGGCGCAGUGGGCGUGACGUACUUUGGUCUUACGACGAUGAUCAACAAUGGCUAUGACGCGACGCUCUCUGCUCAGCUGGGCGGCUUCGACCCGUUGAUGCUCAUGGGCCUGAGCACGCUGGGCAUGAUGGGCGUGGGCUGGCUCAUUGGCCCUAUUUUCGGCAACCAGGUUUUCAAUCUGGCCUACCGGGGCGUGAUUACCGAAUUCACAAGGAAGGACUCUGCUUUUUUCAACCGUAUCAAGCGCCACCGCGUUGAUCCUACUGCGUCGUCGCUUGCAAACCCACCGCCAGACUACUAUGGCGAGAAGAUUGGAAGCGUGGCGGGGUACAGGCGAUGGCUCAAGGACCAGCGCGCUUUCAACCUGAAGACAGGCAGGUACAAGGGCGCCAAGACUAUGUAGGGUCGAGUGGUGCAUUGCAUGGAAGCAGAAGGGUUGGUGAAGAUGUGUGUGUAUUCUGAUGUAGACAGUAUUAGAUACAUUGCGGGGAUGUCGGGGUAGAUGGAAGAGGGUCAAGUCUGUCUGUGCAAAUAGUAGUAAAGGCGACUUUCUCGAUGCUCAGAAUGUGUCCAUGUGCAAAAAGUGGCGGGUUAUUUGGCAGUGAUGGUCGAUGGUGGUGAGCAAGAUGGCUGAAGUGUCUUGGGUUGUGUCUUGGGUUGUGUCUUAAGCAUGGACACGUGGAGUGGUGUGAUGGGGGGGGGGAUAGUUGUGUGGGGAGAAUGGGUUUCAGUGUCAUGCGAGUGGUGAAACGGAGGAUUUGUGUUCACAUGUAGGCGUGGUCGAGAAGAUGGAGUGCAGGUUGG